AUGGAGGAUUCAAAACCUCACAUUAGCAAGGAAUUAUCUCCUAGUCAUUUAGCAAACCGACUCUCUGGGCUGUAUUCUGAAGCCAUCGGUGCAAAAUUGUGGAAAGUUGCAUCAGAGCGCUUGGAAGACGGUAAAGCGCCUGCUGAAUACCCUGAAUGGGCGCCUGAAGACGGCGAGACACCAGGGAAGUACAACACUAAAGAAGUCAAUUUCUGGACAUGCGGCUUCUUCCCUGGGAAUCUGUAUUGCGUCCUAGAGAGAUGUGUCAAGUUUCCCAUGUAUCAGCCAUUACCGGGAGUAGACCGCUCUGCUUUCCAUGCUGAGUUGCUCAAGCUGUGUCGCGCUUGGUCGGCUCCUCUCCACCAGAUGGCCAAGAGAACUAAUACCCACGACCUUGGCUUCAUCACCCAGCCUGCUUUGCGGCAAGAUUGGGAGUUGACGGGAAACUAUGAGAGCCUUGCUUCUGUGUUAACGGCCGCUGAGAACUUGGCAUCUCGCUAUGAUGAGAGAAUGAAAGCUGUCAGAAGUUGGGACAAAUCUAUCAGCAAGAGGUACUCGAUUACUGACAAGGAGACCAAUUUCCUUGUGAUUGUGGACAGCAUGUGCAACAUGGAUCUUUUAUUCUACGCAGGGCAUCAAACGUCGGAUCAGCGUCUCAUUGACAUUGCGACAAACCAUGCCCAUUUUGUUCGAAAGAAUUUGAUCCGAAACGAUGACUCGACAUGGCAUGUAGUCAACAUCGAUCCUCGUGAUGGAUCUCUGAAAACAAAGCACACUCAUCAGGGCUACAGUGACGAUUCAACCUGGUCAAGAGGUCAAGCAUGGACAAUUCUAGGCUUUGCACAAACUUACAUCUGGACCAAGGACCAAGUUUUCCUAGAAACCGCCAUUCGCCUGUCUGAGCAUUUUCUCCAGCGCCUGCGAAGCGCAACGCACAAGUAUCCUUGUGUGCCCCUAUGGGAUUUUGAUGCACCGGUUGGUGAUGAGCCGUUGCGCGACUCUUCUGCAGGCAUGAUAGCUGCCAAUGGCCUUUUGCUCUUACAUCAGAUCCUGGGAGAUGGAUCAAAAUACCUAGACGACGCGUUACGCAUCGCAAGCGAGACCAUAGACAUGUGUCAAGCAAUUGAACCGGCGCGACUGAUCGCCGAUGCAGAAUCUAACAUUAGAGCUGAGGGUGUUACGUUUGAUUGCAUUCUGAAGCAUGCCACAGCGAAUAAUAACGAAUAUGCGCUUGUGAGAUACAGUGAUCACGGUUUGGUAUACGCCGACUAUUAUUUUCUGGAGUUUGGUAACAAGCUAUUGAGAAUGGGUAUGGUAUAA